CUGGGUUCGUCUGAGCUGUCCGGACACAUCCUCCUCUGGACUGCAGCUUUGUGGAAGGUUCAAAGACAAUGAUGGCGUUAAUGACUGCUACACCUUUCUACGCCAUGAAUACAUCAGACAUCACUACAAAAAAUGUCUCCUUGUACGAGGACGACGAAGAGUAUGACUACAAGGACGAGCACGCUGAGCUGAGACAGUCCCUCAACAUCAUGUCUCUCAUUGUUUACUGCCUGGCCUUUGUUCUCGGUGUGUUCGGGAAUGGAGUGGUUAUCUGGGUGACCGGGUUCAAGAUGAAGAAAACAGUUAACACAGUUUGGUUCCUCAACCUCGCUGUGGCCGACUUCCUCUUCACAGCGUUCCUGCCGCUGAGCGUGACGUACACUGCCAUGGAUUUCCACUGGCCUUUUGGCAACUUCAUGUGCAAGCUGAACAGCACUGUGAGCUUUCUGAACAUGUUUGCCAGCGUCUACAUCCUGGUGGUGAUCAGUGUGGACAGAUGUGUGUCUGUGGUGUGGCCCGUCUGGGCACAGAACCAUCGAAGUGUACGCAAGGCUUCCUGCGUGAGUCUGGGUGUUUGGAUACUGGCUCUGAUUCUCAGUGCUCCAUACUUCAUCUUCAAGGACACUGGGCCAUCCUAUCACAAUGAAGACAUCAUCAACUGCUUCAACAACUUUGCACUUUCUGACGACUAUGAAACACCAUCAGUGAAUCAGCUGCGACAGUUUCGACAUCAGACCAUGACCAUCACCCGCUUCCUCCUCGGAUUUGUCGUCCCCUUCACUGUCAUCGUCUCCUGCUAUGCCAUCAUCAUCCAUCGUCUCAGGAGGAACCGCACCCUGGCCAGCCAAUCAAGCCGCCCCUUCAAGAUCAUCGCUGCCGUCAUCACCACUUUCUUCCUGUGCUGGGCGCCCUAUCACAUCAUGGCUCUAAUCGAGAUGGUAAAUCACACAGCGAUCCACUCGAGUGAAACAUUAGACCACGUCAUCACUAUCGGUGUCCCUAUAGCCACCAGCCUGGCCUUUCUCAACAGCUGCCUGAACCCACUCCUCUAUGUGUUCAUGGGCCAAGAUUUUAAGGAAAAAGUCCGCAAGUCCAUCCUGAACGUGUUGGAGACUGCCUUCCAGGAGGAAGUGUCUCGCUCAUAUACAUACACAAACUCAAUGGUUACCAGUCGGAGUAAAGAGAAGUCUGUGUCUGAUGCUGAGGUAUAAGGUUGCCCAUGAUAUGGAUAAACAAAUAGUCUAACUGUGUAUAACAUAUAUAACUGUAUAUAACAAAUAACUUUUUUUAAUUGUUUUAUAUUCAUGGACCCUCAAGACAACCUGUAUACACAAUCUGAGAUUUAAAUAUUUCAACUCUUAUUAUUUGAUUGAUAUUUUUUUUAUGAUUUGCCAACGGUCAGGUCUAUAGCAGAUAUCUGUCUACUUAUGAAGCUGACACAUGGUGAUACUGAACAACGGGGGACAAUAAAGUUUAUUUAUGUAAGAUAAAUGUCAUAAUCAAAGCAAGUGAAUGCUUUACAGAGAAGAAGAAAAAAAAAAGAAAAAUGCACACAUACAACUGGUAUACACAUAAACACACAUAGUCAAACUGAGUGACAUGUACAGUGCCUCUUGAGUGUUGCCAUUCAUUAUACAGUACUUUAGUUAGCCGCACCAUGACAGCUAUAAGGGAUGAACUGUGCCACUUUAUUGGACACACAAAUUUCAGAAUAGGUAUUACAUUAGUUUAGUUAAAUUUGUGCUACACAAACAUGACAGAGAUGGUGUAACAUGUGGUUGAUAAAAGGGAACUCUGUGUUUCUCAUCUGUCUCUUAAACUCCAGUUGUUGAUUUCGAUGUCUUCGUCCGUAUGUGGCAUCAAAGACAGCAUGCAAUAAAACGAUUAGUUUAUAAGCCAUGAUCAUAGACUGUUUUCAUCAUUAAAUACGCUGUCACAUGACCCACAAAACAUUAAUAAGGGUAGACUGUAAAUUAACUGAGAAUAGAAUCUAUAGUGUUAAAAAGUGUUGCCUAAUCACUGAGGAUUAUACAAAGGUUAAUUUCAUAACUUCCCCCUCAUACCCAACCCACUGACACCAUUAUGUGUGUCCAACACGUCUCAGAUGCAUGCUUUGGUAAACAUUUUAUUCAACAUUAGGACUGAUUCAUGAGAGCUUGAUAGCCUCAGAUUACUGUGGUUAUUGUAAACUUGCAUUUUAAUGUUUCUUUCAAUCAUUGUUAGUUGUUUUUAGAGGGAAUAUUGAGAUGUCUGUGCACCCCACCUUGAGUACAUAAGCAUGUGGUGCUAACGUCUCAACGUUUUUCAUGUAUCGCGUCCGUUUACCUUCAUUAUGGACAAAAAUACAGAUACAUUUCUGAAGCAAGAAUCAAUCAGUUCUCAAAGUUGCUGCAGAUUAAUUGAAUGGAAACAACUGUAAUAGCACACUUUUCUAUAUCAUAAUACAAACCUCUGUAGGAAAGAUCAACUUUAAUGUAAACAGUGUAAAUGAUAAUUGUUAUUUUUUAACCUUAUAUUGGAGAACUCUUUUACAAGGCCAUAAAUGAUGAUGAUGACUGUUGUUGUGAUUUUUGUUGUAUAUCAUUAUUUCUAUUAUUAAAAUAUUAUUUGGACU